GUUGCCAUAGGAACUGCUCCGGUGUACGGCUGUGCACCAAUUGCUUGGGACAGGCAGAGCUAAAGACUCUGGAUACUUGCAUGGUCUGGUGACUCAGAGAGAAAAGGCAAAAGGCGAACUCUGGACAGGUAUAAUGUCGACCGUGGUAGCUCAGUCGCUGCAUGCCUUUGGUCUUCGAUCUCACGUAGCCAACAAUAUCCUCUUCUUCGAUGAACAGAUUGUAAUAUUUCCUGCAGGAAAUCACUGUGUGAAGUACAACGUAGAUCAGAAAUGGCAAAAAUUCAUUCCAGGUUCGGACAAGAGUCAGAGCAUGUUGACCUUGUCCAUCAGUCCCAAUCGACGAUACCUCGCUAUCUCUGAAAUUGUACAAGAGAAACCCGCCAUCACCAUUUAUGAACUGUCAUCAAUCCCUUGCCGGAAGCGCAAAGUUCUUAGUAAUUUUGACUUCUCAGUUCAGAGAUUUACAAGCAUGGCUUUUUCUCCAGACUCCAAAUACCUCCUGACUCAGACAUCACCUCCAGAAUCAAAUCUUGUCUAUUGGCUCUGGGAAAAGCAGAAAGUGAUGGCCAUUAUUAGAGCUGACACUCAGAACAAUCCUGUCUACCAGGUGAGCAUCAAUCCCCAGGAUAACACUCAGGUUUGCAUCACUGGAAAAGGGAUGUUUAAGCUUCUCCAUUUUGCUGAGGGCACCCUAAAGCAGACCAAUUCUCAGAGAGGAGAACUUCAAAACUACCUAGCCCAUGCCUGGCUGGCUGAUGACAAGAUUAUCGUGGGCACAGACACAGGCAAGCUCUUGCUCUUUGAAUCUGGAGAUCAACGCUGGGAGACAAACAUAAUGGUCAAGGAGCCCACGAGUGGCUCCAAGAGCCUGGACGUCAUUCCGGAGUCAGAGAGCCUGGUCAAAUUUCCACCAGUCAGUUCCCCGCUUCCUUCCUAUGAGCAGAUGGUGACAACCACUAGCCAAACAGACCGCGUGGCCGUGCCCCAGGUGUUUGCCAUCGCUGCCUAUUCGAAAGGAUUUGCCUGCUCUGCUGGGCCAGGAAGAGUUCUGUUGUUUGAGAAGAUGGAAGAGAAGGACAUUUACCGGGAGAGCAGGGAAAUCCGGAUUCCUACGGACCCACAGAGCAAUGACCCAAAUCAGUCUGACAAACAGGAUGUUCUGUGCAUGUGCUUCAGCCCCUCAGAGGAAACCCUGAUUGCCAGCACCAGUAAGAACCAACUCUACACCAUCACCAUGUCCCUGACAGAGAUCAGCAAAGAAGGCAGAUAUCACCAGAGAUUUCCAAGAACAAGGAGGAAUGGGAAUCUUAAUGGGGAGGCUGCUCACUUCGAGUACCUGUUAUACCCCUUACACUCAGCAUCCAUCACCGGUCUAGCUACCUGUAUCCGAAAACCUCUCAUUGCCACCUGUUCUCUGGAUCGAUCCAUUCGCAUCUGGAAUUAUGAAUCAAACACUCUUGAACUAUUUAAGGAAUAUCAAGAAGAGGCAUAUGCAAUCAGCCUUCAUCCAUCUGGACACUACAUUGUAGUAGGGUUUGCUGACAAACUAUGCCUUAUGAAUCUACUCAUUGAUGAUAUACGUCCUUUCAAAGAAUACUCUGUCAGAGGAUGCAGAGAGUGCUCCUUCAGCAAUGGAGGCCACCUAUUUGCUGCAGUCAAUGGAAAUGUGAUUCACAUUUUUACCACCACAAGCCUAGAGAACAUCACAAACCUGAAAGGACACACGGGGAAGAUCCGUUCAGUUGUGUGGAAUGCAGAUGACAGCAAACUGAUUUCUGCUGGCACAGAUGGUGCUGUAUAUGAAUGGAAUCUGUCCUCAGGAAAGAGAGAGACAGAGUAUGUGCUCAAGUCCUGCAGCUACAACUGUGUUACCAUCUCCCCUGAUGCCAAAAUUAUCUUUGCUGUUGGAUCAGACCAGACCCUUAAGGAGAUUGCAGAUUCUUCGAUCCUGCGAGAGAUGUCAGCAUUUGACGUCGUCUACACAGCUGUUGUCAUCUCACAUUCCGGGCGCAUGAUGUUUGUGGGCACCUCAGCGGGAACCAUUCGUGCUAUGAAGUAUCCUCUGCCUUUACAGAAAGAAUUCAAUGAGUAUCAGGCCCAUGCUGGUCCUAUCACCAAGAUGUUGCUCACCUUUGAUGACCAGUACUUGCUCACUGCUGCUGAGGAUGGCUGCCUGUUCACUUGGAAGGUCUUUGAUAAGGAUGCCAGAGGAAUCAAGCGAGAGAGAGAGGUGGCCUUUGCUGAAGAGGUGCUUGUGACUAAAACAGACAUGGAAGAGAAGGCUCAGAUUAUGUUGGAGCUGAAGACUCGUGUGGAAGAAUUAAAAAUGGAGAAUGAGUAUCAGCUUCGACUCAAAGAUAUGAACUAUUCUGAGAAGAUUAAGGAGCUAACAGACAAGUUCAUCCAGGAAAUGGAGUCCUUGAAAACAAAAAACCAGGUUUUAAAAACAGAUAAAGAGAAGCAGGAUAUAUAUCACCGUGAACACAUAGACGAACUCAUAAAUAAACAAAGCCAGGAACUGCAAGACCUGGAGUGCUGUAAUAACCAAAAGUUGCUGCUAGAAUAUGAGAAGUACCAGGAGCUGCAGCUCAAGUCCCAGAGAAUGCAAGAGGAAUAUGAAAAACAGCUUCAGGACAAUGAUGAGAUCAAGAGCCAGGCCCUGGAGGAAUUGACUGAGUUUUAUGAAGCCAAGCUGCAGGAGAAAACUAGCCUUCUGGAAGAGGCACAGGAAGAUGUCAGGCAGCAGUUGCGGGAGUUUGAAGAGACCAAAAAGCAGAUUGAAGAAGAUGAAGACCAAGAAAUCCAAGACAUCAAAACCAAAUAUGAGAAGAAGCUUCGGGAUGAAAAGGAAUCCAACCUACGGCUCAAAGGAGAGACAGGCAUUACAAGGAAGAAGUUCAGCAGCCUGCAGAAGGAGAUUGAAGAGAGAACCAAUGACAUUGAGACUCUGAGAGGAGAGCAAGUAAACCUUCAGGGAGUCAUUAAAUCCCUGGAAAAGGAUAUACAAGGCCUCAAGCGAGAGAUCCAGGAAAGAGACGAAACAAUUCAAGAAAAGGAAAAGAGAAUUUAUGAUCUGAAAAAGAAAAAUCAAGAACUAGAGAAAUUCAAGUUUGUGCUCGACUACAAAAUAAAGGAGCUGAAGAAGCAAAUAGAACCGCGAGAGACUGAGAUCAAGGUGAUGAAGGAACAAAUUCAGGAGAUGGAAGCUGAGCUGGAGCGUUUCCAUAAACAGAACAUGCAACUGGAGCUGAACAUCACAGAGCUGUGGCAGAAACUGAGAGCCACAGAUCAGGAGAUGCGCAAAGAGAGACAGAAGGAACGGGAUUUGGAAGCUCUGGUUAAACGGUUUAAGACAGACCUUCACAACUGUGUGGCCUAUAUCCAGGAACCCCACCUGCUGAAGGAGAAGAUCCGAGGUCUCUUUGAGAAGUAUGUGCAGCGGGCAGACAUGGUGGAGGUAGCAGGGCUGAACACGGACCUGCAGCAGGAGUAUGCCCGCCAACGGGAACAUCUGGAGAGGAACCUGGCCACUCUCAAGAAGAAGGUGGUUAAGGAGGGUGAGCUGCAUCGUACAGACUACGUUCGCAUCAUGCAGGAUCCUAUGCAGGGCUGUGCAGAGAGCCUGGACCCAUUACCACCACCCCCAUUUAAGCACCUUAUCAGCACUGCCAGUUGGGAUGCUUCUGCCAGAUUUCUGCUUGGGUGUCAGUAUCAUCUGCGGUAAUUAAUGUAAAUUAAUAUCAGAAGAGAACAUCAGAAUCACAUUUAUAAAGCAUGUACCUCUUUAUAUUUAUAUUUCUUUAAUGUCCUAAUUAAAAUGUUAGAAUGAAGACAGGUUGUACUUGGGUUGAAACCAGAUCCUAGGUUGGCAUUCCAGACACAGCUGGGCAGAGCACACUGGAAUCCAUGGCCGCUCUCACAUCUUACCGUCUGCUCCCAACCCCCUUCAUCAGACCAUUGCCCUACUCUGAGCCACAAAAGCAGUCAAAGGUCCACAAAGAAGAGUAGAUCCAGUUGGUAGGACCCUUAGUACCAGCAGCCCCACAAAGGGCCCUAGCUAAGGACCACAAUGUCCUGGAGCAUGGAGAAGCCCCUCUGGCGUGCAGCAAGCUGGGCAAUAGGACAGAGGAGCAGUUGUCAGCUGGUGACAUGGCUGAGCUCAUUUUGGUGCCCUGCCACUGACACAUGGGCCUGAGAGGUCCUCCUUUUCUCCUAGCCAAGCAGGUAUCCAAAGCAAAAGUCUGUCCUAGGAGGAAAAGGAAAAGUGAAGAUGCAGGCUGACGGGCACAAGCAUCUAUCUGCAUGAGCUGUUGGGGCAUGAAUCAGACCCCACUUUUUCCUCCCUCAGUCACAGAGAAGUUGGGGAACAGAGACCCAGGCAGGACUCCUGCCCAGCCCUGCCCCUCAUCUGUGGUCAGCAGAGGGAGCUAGCAACAAGGGCAGCACCCCAAAAAGGGUUCUCUCAGUGGCAUCCUAAACCUCUGUGCCGUCCAGUCCUGUGGACCCAGAAAAGAGGCUUAGACAACUGCAGGGAGCAGAAAGAGGGCCCAGGACAGGACUCUCGACCAGAGAGGUUCCUUGCUGAUCAUUGUAAGGCUCCAUGUAAGAUUUGGUUUGCAAAAUGUUAAGAUUUUUUUAAAAGAAAAUCUUUCAACCACUGUUCUGGAUGCUAAAAAUAUUUUCCUUCUUUUAAAGUUGAAGAAGAAAGCCUGGGCCAGGGCCGGGCCAAGUGGCAGGGCCUCCUCACAGGCAAACUUAGGCUUGGAAUGGUGUUUCUACCCAGGGUGUGAAAGAGAGUGGUACUGCUUCGGUGUAGAUCCAUGUUAUGCACCCUCUGCUACAAUUUGACCAGGAAGCUGAGGGUAGAUUCCUUGGCUUCUCCAGGAGCUACCUCCUUACCUGUAAAAAGGGGAUAAAACACUAACCUCAGUGGUACUGUGAGAAUUGAAUGAGAUAAAGCAUUAGGUACUCAUCUGGUACACAGUCUGCACUCAAAAAU